AAAUGGCAACUACAGAAAUGGUCACCACAACAGAACAGCCUAAUAUUCCUACCAAAUCGCAGAAUCCAGUUUCUGGUGACAAUACCUACUUGAAUACUGUAGUUUCUAUUAUAUUGGUGUUUGUACUUACUGGAGCUAUUAUUGUUGUAUAUUUGUUUGUAACAAAGAAAUACUGCUUCGCCAAACCUCAAACACCAACAUCGUCAUCAAUGUCUAGUAAGGAUUUCUUCAUACCAAAUGAUAGCUUUGAAAUCCAAAUGGAUGAUUCACCGAUUUUGGAGAAACCAAAACUUCCACUGGAAGAGCAAGGAUGUCAAUUGAUCGAUGAUUCUAAACGGAUCCAUACUAGUCCCACAGUUGAUGAUGAUGACGAGCGACACAGACUAAUGAUCGAUCCCAAUGAAAUUGCGAUUUUCGACAAUAAGUGUAAGCAAGAUGAUGAAACAUUGUUGAAAAGGACAUGUGUUCAAUAAGUUUCCCUGUGUAUGAUCGAGUGAAUGAGCUCCUUAGAAUGGGCUAGUGAAGUACUGCUUCAAGUAAGUAAAGUACUUGUGUGUUGGCAAAGAUUUGCCUCAGACUAGCAAAGUUCUAACUAGGUCUAGUAAAGUACUGACUUGAGGCUAGUAAAGUACUGAAUUUGGGCUAGCAAAGUACUGUCUCGGGCUAGUAAAUUACUGACUUUCGGUUAACAAAGUACUAUCUCGGGAUAGUAAAGUACUGCCUCAGGCUAGUUAAGUGCUGAUUUAGUACAAGCAAGAUUACUGUCAUUAGCUAUCUAAUUACUGUCUCGAAUAAACAAAGUAACGAUAAAGUACUGAUACGGACUAGCAAAUUACCGACUCAGGCUGCAAGUACAGAGUGUGGCUUGUAAAGCAGUUUCACUGUACUAGCAAAUUACUAGUUUGUGCUAUUAAUUUUCAUCUGUAGGGCUAAAGAAGUACUGGCUCGUAAGAAAAUUAAUGAAUUUGACUGGCAAAAUAUAUAUAUAUGUAUCGCAUUAAUAAAGCACUUACUUUGUGUAACAAUGUACCGCCAUGGACUAGUAAAUUUCUGUUUCGGAAAAUUUAAGUACUGACUUGGGCUAGCAAAUGAUUGAUAUGGGUUAGUAGAGUUCUACCUCGUGCUAGUAGUGUUAUGACAGAUGCAUGCAAAGUACUGACUCAGCAAAAAUCUGAACUGGUAGAGAAAUGUACAUGCUCGGAAAAGAAAAGUAUUUACCCGGACUAACAAAAUGCAAUAUAUAUUAAAAAAGGCCUGCAAAUUAGAUGGGAAAUUCUGUCUUGAUGAUUUUUUCAUAUUUGUGUUAUUAGCAUCUGUGAUUAAUUUUAUUAGAUUUAAGUCUUGUUAA